GUCAGUCGGUCGGUGAUCUCCGGGCUCCUGGCUGCCCUCUCCGGGGCGGUGUGCGGGGACAGCCGGGACAAUGAUCCGCUCCGGGAAGAAAGAGGAUGAAACCCUCAUAGAGAUGUCCGCCACUGACGGAGAAGACCGGCCGCUGUAUGAAGUCAAUUCCAACGCGGAUUCCGAGCUGCCGGGGAACUCCGAGGGCCUGAGCAGCACAGAGAGCACCUUUCUAAUCAACAACCAUCAGAGGAUAGACGGACAGCACCAGAGCAAAGACUCCAUCUUCUUCCGCGACGGCGAGCGCCGGAUCGACUUCAUCCUCUCCUACCUGGAGGAUACGGGGAAAGACGCCGAGAAGAAAGCUGAGAGACGGAGAGAAUUUGAGUUUAAUUUGCAGAAGGCCGGCCUGGAGCUGGAGACCGAAGAUAAAAAGGAAUCUGAAAACGGUAAGCUGUACUUUGUGAAGAUCCACGCCCCCUGGGAGGUCCUCACCACCUACGCGGAAGUUCUGAAUGUUAAAGUUCCCAUCAAGGAGAACGACUUGGUCCAGACGUACCAUCCGCUGAAAGUGAUGGCCAAGUUCUUCCGCCUGCCGGAGGACGUCAUGAACCCGGAGCCGGACUACUUCACCGCGUCCUUCAGCAAGCAGAAACAGGAGCUCUUCCUCAUCCACGACCAGAACACCUUCUUCUCCGCGUCCACCCGCAACAGAAUUGUGUAUUAUAUUCUCUCUCGCUGCCACUAUGGAUUGGAAGACGAAAAGAGGAGAUUCGGGGUUAAGAAACUGCUAAAUAACGGGACCUACAAUUCCGCCUUCCCCCUCCAUGACUGUCAGUACUGGAAGAAGUCUGAGGACCCGAAGUGCGUUAAUGAGAGGUACACGUUAUACACGCACUGGGCCAGGUUUGGCAAGUUCUACAAGGAGCAGCCGCUCGACCUCAUCCGGAAAUAUUACGGAGAGAAGAUCGGUAUCUACUUUGCUUGGCUCGGCUUCUAUACGGAAAUGCUGUUCUUCGCGGCUGUUGUCGGUUUUUUCUGCUUCCUGUAUGGCUGGAUAACGAUGGAUGACAGUAUCAGCAGUAAAGAAAUUUGUGAUAAAGCCAUUGGUGGUCAGAUCAUCAUGUGUCCCCUGUGUGACCAACGCUGCGAAUUCUGGAGAUUAAACACCACCUGUGAACCUUCCCAGUACUCCCACCUGUUUGAUAAUGUGGCCACUCUGUUUUUCGCAAUAUUCAUGGGGAUAUGGGUGACUUUAUUCCUGGAGUUCUGGAAGCGGAGGCAGGCCCGGUUGGAAUAUGAAUGGGAUUUGGUUGACUUUGAGGAGGAACAGCAGCUACUUCAGCUUCGGCCGGAGUAUGAAGCCAAAUGUACCCACAAGAAGAAGAACCCGGUCACUCAGGAACUAGAAAUGGUAUUAAAGCGAAGUCCUGCCAAUAUCUGUGGUAAAAUCUUACUAUGCUGGACGGCCAUUCUCUUCUGGAUCCUACUGAUCAUAGCCAGCAUGAUCGCCAUUAUAGUAUACCGGCUGGCGGUCUACGCGGCGUUCGCCAGCGUCAUGGAAAACAACGACACGCUGCAGCCAAUCAGCCGAUUGCUCACCCCUCAGCUGGCGACCUCAGUAACCGCGUCUUGCCUGAACUUUAUCAUCAUCAUGAUCCUCAACUUCCUGUACGAACGAGUGGCCAUAUGGAUUACCGACAUGGAAAUCCCGAGGACGCACCUGGAAUAUGAGAACCGCCUCACCAUGAAAAUGUUCCUCUUCCAGUUCGUCAAUUACUAUUCAUCUUGUUUCUACGUGGCGUUCUUCAAGGGCAAAUUCGUGGGCUUCCCGGGAGGGUACACCUACAUGUUCAACCAGUGGAGGAACGAGGAGUGUGACCCGGCCGGUUGUCUCAUAGAGCUCACCACACAGCUCACCAUCGUCAUGGCUGGAAAGCAGAUCUGGGGGAACAUCCAAGAAGCUUUCGUUCCGUGGAUUUUGAACUGGUGGGGGCGCCGGAGAGCCAGGAACAGCCCAGAGACCCUGUACAGCCGCUGGGAGCAGGACUAUGACAUGCAGAUCUUCGGACACUUGGGACUUUUCUACGAGUACCUGGAAAUGGUCGUUCAGUUCGGGUUCAUCACCCUCUUUGUGGCCUCCUUCCCAUUGGCCCCUCUUCUCGCCCUUCUCAACAACAUCCUGGAGAUCCGGGUUGACGCCUGGAAGCUCACCACGCAGUUCAGGCGACCAUUCGCGGCGAAGGCUCACAGCAUCGGAGUGUGGCAGGAUAUCCUCAACUCCAUGGCCGUUCUCUCUGUGGUGACCAAUGCUUUUAUCGUGGCUUUCACCUCCGACAUGAUCCCGCGUCUCGUCUACUUUUACGCCUAUUCCGAAAACGAGGGGGUCCCGAUGUCCGGCUACAUCAACAGCAGCCUCUCCAUUUUUAACGUUUCGGACUUUAAUGAGAAAAGCAUGCCGCUGGAGAACCUGAUGAACGUCACCCAAUGCAGAUACCGAGAUUUCCGCUAUCCUCCGGAGCACGAGAGGAGGUACCUGCACACCAUGCAGUACUGGCACGUCCUCGCCGCUAAAAUGGCCUUCAUCAUCAUUAUGGAGCACGUGGUCUUCGUGGUCAAGUUCUUCGUGGCUUGGCUGAUCCCAGACGUCCCGUCGGAAGUGAAGGCCAGAAUCAAGCGUGAGAAGUACCUGACGCAGAAGAUCCUUCACGAAUACGAGUUGUGCAAGCUGAAGGAGAAGCUCUGCGAGAAGGACAACUGUGCCGAGGUGGCCAAGGAGGUCAUCGCCACGGAAGAGAGAGUCCAGCUCUCCGCCGCCAUGUAGCAGCGGCUGGCCGACCUACCUUCUAAGAACACUCGACACUUUUGACGCCGUAUACAAGGGCCAUGAACUAGACUUUAAUUCUACGUCCUGAUGACGUAACGGUGAAAGUGCUGAAACCAAAACGCUCUACAACAUUUUUUUUUUGGAGAUAUUUAUGGAGUUGAACUCCUCCGUCACCGCUGCUCUUGUGUAUGGUGGUCACCAAAAAAUCACCGUGCUGCAUAUCACAUAUCACACUGCGUUAUGAAUUUUAUGUGCAACCUGCCUAUGUGUCCAACAAAGUCACCGGGUUUAUGGGAGGCCCUCAAGGGGCCACAAAGGCCCACAAAGCAUCAACGUAACACCAAGCCAACAAAAAGCCAAACCUCGAGUGUUAAAGCAGAACUCCAGUUGGACAUACUGUUGUAGGCCUUGGUCUUCACUAUUGGUCCAAACAGCACAGUGGCCACUCCCACGCAGUCCCCACAUCACCAUUGCUCCCCGCCCAUUGCACAACGGCCACUCCCACGCAGUCCCCCACAUCACCAUUGCUCCCCGCCCAUUGCACAUCGGCCACUCCCACGCAGUCCCCCACAUCACCGUUGCGCCCCACCCAUCACCAUACCACAGAAAGGAGAAGAAUGAUACUUGAGUGGUCACGUGACCGCUACGUUACAUUCCUAAAAAAAAAAGUAUUCCGAAAAUAAAAAAAUAAGGAGAGUACAUGGUCCAGGGGGAGGGGGCUGGGGGGGGGGCAGCCCCCUCCCCCUGCUUUAAAUUUGCUAUUUGUGAGUUCAUUGAGGAAAUCCCGACAACGACUUUGACGUGGCAUCGCGCCAAUAUCAUUUCAUGGCUAGAGCCUAAAAUUCUAUUCUGAGCCAUACGCCUUUUUUUUUCUUUGCACUCUACAAUCCUCUUGUAGGCUUUAUCAACAGGGUUCAAAUUUGGCAAAACCCCAAAAAAUUCUAAAGGUAACCAACAAUGUGGCUUAUUACCACGAGGUAUAUUUUAUAAUCGGCUGUGCACUAUAUGCAUUUUUUUUUUUAAUAACGUGGGACUUUUUUUUUUUUUUUUUUUAAAUACCGUGAACUUUUUUUCCUGCCAUUGGGAUUUUAUUUUCCAACCACAGACCUUUCUCUUAAUGAAUUAGAUGUUUGUACAUUUUUUUAAGCACUUUUAAAAAGUCCCUUUACAAAUAAAUGCCGAAUUUGUAUUUUUUUCUUUUUUAAAUGGAACUGUUGGUUGUGAAUUUUAAAGCGGUGCAUCUUUAUUUCAACAAGUUUUAAAAAAA